UAGUGAUCAAAAGUGCGAUCAACAUGAGAAGUGUACGCGUCUGUCUCUAUGGUUACAAUGUCGCCAUUCUUGUUUUUCCGAUCAUUUCUUUACUUCAUUCAGAUCGACGAUCCAGCCAGCACAGCUCUGCAGCUAAUACGAAGCAUUACGUUCACAGUCGUUUCUGCUCGACAAAAUACGUGUCCGAUAUUUGUGUCUUGGGUCUGAACGACCUCGCUGAAAACAUUGGGAAGCUAGCUAGCUAGCUGCAGAAAAGACGAGCAAACUGGAUGCCAGCGACGCUUCCUCGGAAUUGUGCUGUGACCCCGAUUGGAGCGCCAUCAAAAAGGGAGAUGUCAUCACUGAGAUUUCAAAGAGCUCCGCCGUCCCUGUCCCUCACAACUUUAAGAAACAAACGUCGCAGAAUCCAUUUCUAAAAGGAUACCGAUAUAUAGCUGACACACUUUCAAUGUCUCCGAAUCUUUCUGAUAGUAAGUGUAAUCAGCCGUACCACCUCCACCCCCAAGAUGACCAAGUUAGCUUUGCCAAUGUGGACAAAAAUAUCAAAAGAUCUCUUGAGCACACAGCAGAAGCAAUGCGCUUGGAAGAAUAUAGUCAAAAGUACAAGCAGAAGGAAGUGCAGCAACACAUAGCUGGAGGAUCAUUUCAAAUCUCAGCCCCAACAGAGAGUUCUCAUCCUCUGGGAAAGAAAAAACGACACGCCCACUCAGACGACCUCGUAGAACGGAACAAAGUAACACUGGGCCGAAGCAUCUCUGGUUAUGGAUCCUAUGUGAAUAUGCGUGCACUUCAACAGAAGAAGCCUCACAUUGAGAAAAAGGAAGCUACUGCCGUGUGUCCAAAAGAGACUUCAGAUGCGGAACAAAGUUUAAUCCAACAAUUGAAGGUCACCCACAUCAUUGAAGGAAGUAAAGAACAGGGGAUUAUGGAACCUGACUUUAGGAGCAUGGAAAAAGGGCCCGGAUUGCAAAGGGAGGGCGAACCAAAUGAAGAUUGGCUUGAGCAAAGUCUGGAAAGCGCCCCCACAAUGCCUUCAAGUACUUCGCACGACAUCAGAGUCUAUCCAAAGCUGCCACCUAUUAUGCCAAAGAUGCGCUUUAGUCCCAGUGUGAACACAAUCAAUUCCCACCAUAGAACCAGCUCCACUGAUUUCUUAGCACAGAUGGACGAUAAGGCGGCGACGAGACCCAAUUACAAGACAUACAGCCUGAAAGAAUACAAGGAGUUGAUGCUAGAUGUGAAGCUACAAGGUCUCGGUCCUGACUACGCAACAGUUCAAAAGAAUACUGAGAAGAUGAUCCAACAGAAGCUGUAUUCAAACGCGGUUCGUGAGAGGAACAAAAAGAUCCGAAAAAUACCCUUUCUGUUGGCCAAGGACCCGGUGGGCAAAGACAGGAAAAUUGCCAGGACGAAGGCUUUGGAGUACGCCAAAACCAUAGCCAAGCCUGUCAUUCAGCCUCCUCAAGCAAAAUCAAAUCAAAAACAAGAGUCAGCACAUUCCGUCACGCCUUGUUUAUUUUCCCCCACGGCUAAAGUUGACCUUCUUACCAAACGUCACCAAGAAGAAAAAGAGGCCCUCCUCAGAAAGAUGUAAAGAAGUACUGGUGAUGUUCUGGUUUGUGGAGCGGAUGAUGUGGAUGUGGAGCUAAUACUGGCGUUGGCAUCAAUGGG